UGUCAAAAUAAAAACAAAAGAGUGUUGAUUUGUUUUUGUUUUUAGAGGAAAUCAUGGCGAAUGUGAUUUUAACGUUAGUUGUGAUAUUUUCUGUUUUUAAUGAGUUUUUUUGUGAGUUAAUGACCGAAAAUGAGAUACCGAGAUAUGAAUCAGCUGACAUUUUCGGAAAAUCACCUGCAAGUCAUUUACCAUAUGAAAUCGAUUUAUUCAAACUCAUGAAUGUAUCUGCAAAAGACCAGGGGGUUUCCCAGGUUGAGGGCCCAAUAAAAAAAUACCCUGCAUAUAAAUUUAGACUUCCCUAUGGUAAUGUACCAUUACCUAAUGGUACUUUAGUAACUGGUGCCCUGAACAGUAAAGAAGGCUUUACUGUGCUGUUUUUGUACAGACAACAAAAAAAUAACUUGGGGACUCUAAUAUCUAUAAACGCCCCCGGUAGAUUGACGCCUUGGUUCCAACUGAAUUCCAACUCCAAGAGCGGGAAUUUAAAUUUACGAUACCGGACUUUGGAUUCGUUAAAAUUGCGUCAAGUGGAAAUAAAUUUGCCGAAACAUCAUAAAAAAUCGCCCAUGGCAGCUUGGCUGUGGUUAUCUCUCAGUGUGGACUACAAAACCAGUAUUUUGAGAUUGGAUAUUGACUGUCAACCCAGUCGAUAUGAGAGUUUAUCUUCUAAAAAUUCAAAAACCAGGAUUUCCAUCCCUAAGGACUCUUUGGUCUAUUUCAGGCAAGAGCCUGGAAGAAAGAAAAAGUUUUUGGGGUCCAUGCAAGUAGCAAAAAUAUUACCGUAUUUUAGACAGGCUAGAUCAUGGUCCUGUAUGGAAAUUUCUGACAAUUUACCAACUAAUUUAGUAAAACCAAUUUCUUAAUAACUUUUAAUUUUUUGUAUUUUUAAAUAGCAAUAUUGCCAACAUUAUUUAUGGCGUUUUUAUUUAAGAGUAAUGUUCUUAAAAUAUUUCCCAAUAUAAUGUAAUAAACCUAUUAAAAAUCUAAACCUUGUUUCAUUCACUUUAUUUUAA